AUACUUAAGCCUGGUGACGGCGUAUUCCGCUCACUUUGGUGGUGUGCGAGAAAGGUAUUUGGGCUUCUGUAUGAAUGAAAUAUGUCUAUGCAGUAUGACUGGUUUAAUGUUAUUGAUCAGACACGACCCCUGCACGGUGUGGUCCCAGAUUCCGCAAUCCUGCGGCACGCGACCCAUGUAGCGAUGAGCUCAGACAGAAAACCGAAUCGGACCGAUAAAUCGUGUUUCUAUUGUCUCGUUUUGAAGGCGAUUGCUUGUUAUAGAAACAUCUGCCUGUCUGUACUGAUGCACGGUCUCGUUGUUCGCUGUUUUGGAUAACGUCAUGCACAUUUUCCAUGUGCUGUCAUAUCGAUACGCAUCGAAGGCGGAAUUAUCGGGAUUAUCGGACGGGACAGAUUUUUGUUUGUGUUUUUAUGCUGUAAUAUGUGUUUUUGUUAGUGUUUAACAUCUAUAGAGGGUCAUUUUGUAUGUGUCUGAUCGCUAACACAGUGCUCGUCAGGCAUGAAGUCGCCCAAAAUGAUCAGACACGUGUCCGAUUCGGUCCUCGGGACGUCACAUUGUCACUUUUGACACCUGCGUUUUAGUUUUUUACAUUGAUACUCCGUUACGCUCAGACGCGCGUCAUGGACCUGAAUUUUUACUCUGAUUUAUCGGACGGAACCGGGCAGCCAGGUGAUGCGGCGUUCUUGGAUCCUCAGGCAUUUAACGGAUUUGACACCGUUCAGAAGUUCCCAGGCGGCAAUGACAACUACCUGGCGAUCAGCGGAGAGGGUCACCACUUCCUGUCGUCUUCAGAGACGUUUCACACUCCCAGUUUGGGCGAUGAGGAGUUUGAGAUUCCGCCCAUCUCCCUUGACCCUGAAUCCGCCCUCAGCGUCUCCGAUGUCGUUUCUCACUUCGGCGAAUUGGGCGACGCUGGACCCUCAUCGGGCAUUCCGGGGAAUGCAGUGGUUGGCGAGAACGAUCCGUCGUUCGCUUCGACAUUUGUGAACGCCCCCUCACAGGGUCUGGAGCACCUGAGUCUGAUGAGUCAACAGGGCGGUGGGCCGAUGCUCGGCUCCACACUGGGAAUGGAUAUUGGCCAUCCCAUUGGUUCGCAGUUCAGUAGCUCCUCCCCAAUGACCAUAGAUGUCCCGCUGAGUGACAUGAACCACGGCCUGUUGGGACACAAUCAGCUGACCACGAUUGACCAAUCAGAACUCAGCGCUCAGCUCGGGCUCAGUCUGGGUGGCGGUGCUAUCCUGCCUCGCUCGCAGUCACCUGACCAGCCGCUGUCCGCCACUGGUUCGCCAUCUGAUUCAAUGCAGGACGACGACAUGGACGAUUUCAGACGGAAGAGUGUUCUGGUGGAUUCUCCCGUGUCCCUGUCCGUGUCGUCUGGGGUCAUCUCUCUCUCGCCGUCUCUCUCUGACCAGCCCGCCACCCCGGUGGCAAUCGCCGCCCCGCUACGGAAAGCAGGUGGCGGCGGGAAGAAAGGCAAGAAGAAGAAAGAUCCGAACGAGCCGCAGAAACCCGUGUCCGCGUAUGCGUUGUUUUUUAGAGACACGCAAUCCGCCAUCAAGGGCCAGAAUCCUAACGCGACAUUUGGGGAGGUGUCCAAGAUCGUCGCCUCCAUGUGGGAUAGUUUGGGAGAGGAGCAGAAACAGGUAUACAAAAGGAAGACGGAAGUGGCGAAGAAGGAGUAUCUCAAAGCACUGGCAGCUUAUAAAGCCAGUCAGCUGUCUCAGCAGCCGACUAUUGAAGUGUUCGACACUGCACCAUCGCCACCGCCAGCCCCACGACCCACCGUCGCCCUGACCCCUGACCCUACGCCAACUGCCACCCCUACCCGCUCAUCACGCAUCCCGCUGCACGCACCGGACAACAACACCAUCACUAACAUCUGCACGUCCAACAUCAUAUUAGACCUGCCGCAAGUCACCACGCGCUCGCGCACGGGGGCACACAAACCUGCGGCGAGCGCUCCUGCCCCGCGCGCUGCUGCCCACGCCCUGCCCAUCGUUACAAAGAUCGUCAUUCCAAAGCAGCAUGCGCAAUCAUCCGCGGCUUCGGCCGCCCGCCAGCCUCCGCCCCUCCAGCAGAUGCAGAACACGCCCCCACCGCCCCGCCUGCAGCAGAUGGUACAUUCCCCAGCCCCGCCCCCUCUACAGGCGAAGCCGCGCGGAGGUGCGGCCGCCGGACAAGUCGUUGCCAUGGCGCUGCCACCGCCUCUGCAAAUCAAGAUAGUCCCCGCCCUCGUGCAGACGGAUUUGAGCGCUCCGAUAAUAGUGACGACCGUUGCCACGGCGCCGGUCGCGGAACCUGCUUCCGUUGUGGCCGCCCUGUCGCCAUCGGCAACAGUAGAACUGGCUGAAGGAGAAGAAGGGAUGGAGGUGGAGUUGAAUGUUUGUUCGACUUCAGACGCAACACCGUCAAAUGCUCCCAUUAUGUGUGUGCGCGCCGGCUGCAACAACCCUCCGAUAGAGAGUAAAGACUGGGACAGAGAAUACUGCAGCAAUGAGUGUGUGGCCACACACUGCAGGGACGUCUUCAUGGCCUGGUGUGCGAUCAGAGGACAAAAUUCAACCACCGUCACAUAAAAUCAUAGGAACACGUGAGCGAGAGACGAUAGACGGCGGUGCGUGACGUAUGCUUGUGUAACGGCAAACUGAAAACUAGCAUACGCACGCUUUCCACUGUUACAUCCCAUAUCUGGACUUCAGGACUGGAGUCAGCGAGUAACAGCACUGAUCAUAAUAGCACUUAUAAACUGGAACCAAUCAGGACCAGAGAACAGUGAGGCUCCAUCAUGGGACGACCAGAGAAUGCUGUUUAAAGUGGGAAUAAUUUGAAUAUUUAAAACGUUUAGCAUAUGUUUAAAUAACAUAACCUAAACGUGCAACUGUGGUGUCACAAUGGAGGAUUCAAAUGUUCAGUGUGUGUGCAAGAGCAUGUAGGCCUGAAGCAUAAGUAUGUGGACUCAUUGCUAUUUAUUUGGCAUCCCAACCUGUGUGUGGGGUGGU